AUGGAUCUCCUUCUCUCAGUGCCGAUAUUCUCAUACCUCCUGGGCCCAGCCCUCACCUCCUGGUCGACAUCGCUCAACCUCCUCUUCUUCUACAUGACCUGGUCGACCCUCGUCCUCUCUCAACCCCCAAUCGUCGUCCACAUGGUGGGCAUCCUCGCCAUCCGAAUAGUCUUCUUCCUAAUACCGUCUCUCGCCACCCUCUUCUUCGAUGUCUCCCUCCCGAGCCUCGCAGAAGGCAUCAAACACGGCGGUCGCUCAGCCUUACCUCCUCGCGACGCCAAAUCACUCUCCAAACUCAUCGGCCUAGUCCUCCUAAAUCUCGCCAUCCUCACCGCCGUCGAAACUGUGAUAAGCUUCGCAUUCAUCCUCUUCCUCAACCAUCCCGUCUUCAAAACAACCACGACCCUCCCGCUCCCAUGGCAAAUCUUCAAACACGUCCUCAUCCUACUCUCCGCCCGCGAAACUCUUCUCUACACCAUCCACCGCUUCAUCCUCCACGGGAAAUCAUACCGCUGGCUCUCCCAGCGCCACAAAAACUACGCUCACGCAAAGGCCGGCGCGCCAUUCAGCCUGCGUCUCCUCGCCGACCACCCCGCGCCACUGCUCUUCUACCGCUUCAUCCCGCUGUUUCUCCCAGCACUCAUCAUACGCCCUCAUAUUCUCACCUACUUCUUCGUAUUCACAAUCUGCACCGCCGAAGAAACCCUCGCCAUGUCCGGAUACACGAUUGUCCCAGGAAUUAUCAUGGGUGGCAUCGUGCAACGCACAGCGAUCCACUACGCAGGAAAGGGAACAUCGAAUUAUGGUUCGUGGGGAAUGUUGGACUGGAUCAAUGGGACGAGUCGUGGCAGGGAUGUGCUUCAAGAUGUGAAGAAUGAAGCGGACAAACACAACGUGAAGGAACGGUCUUCGAAAAAGCUCGAUGAAGGGGCUGGAGCAGUACAAGAGGGGUUGGGAAGCUUUAGAGAAGGAAUGAAGACGCGAAGAAGCGGGAGAAAGAGGGCGGUAAAGGGAAAUUGA